AUGGGUGAAGAAUAUUUUGGAUUCUCUUGGACUCGCAAUGAGAACAGAAAAAACGUCACCAUAUAUGUUAACAAUCCAGUGGACAUCUCAGUGAUUGUUAUAUAUUUUCUGGUGGUUCUGGCUGUGGGAAUAUGGGCAAUGGUACGGACCAAUCGAGCCACAGUAGGAGGCUUUUUCCUGGCUGGCAGAAGUAUGGUGUGGUGGCCGAUUGGAGCCUCUCUCUUUGCAAGUAACAUCGGAAGUGGGCAUUUUGUGGGAAUAGCAGGAACUGGAGCAGCUGCUGGUAUUGCUAUCGGAGGUUUUGAGUGGAAUGCUCUUGUUGUAGUGAUUAUUCUGGGAUGGCUCUUCGUGCCCAUCUACAUUAAGGCUGGGGUCGUGACCAUGCCAGAGUACCUGAAGAAACGCUUUGGUGGGCAGCGGAUCCGUAUCUACCUCUCCGUGCUCUCCCUGUUUCUCUAUGUUUUCAUCAAAAUCUCUGCGGACAUGUGUGCAGGAGCCAUUUUCAUCAACCAGGCUCUGGGACUAAACAUUUACCUGGCCGUGAUUAUUCUGCUGCUCAUUACAGCUCUUUAUACAGUAACAGGUCUGUUGACUGAAAUACUGCACACUAUAAACUGUUACUCAUCUAUCUCCCUCAUGACUAAACCCAUUGACGACAAACAUCUGUACAGGGUCUGCUGGAGUUUGAGGAACAGCACUGAGGAAUGGAUUGAUCUGGAAGAAGAUGACUGGACUGACGAUCAGGAUUCAGAUUCUGUGCAAACAGAAGAGGUGCGCAAGGAUCCAAGCUGUUGGAAGAAGGCCUACAACUGGUUCUGCACUUUUGAUCAAAGUGAUGCACCUAAACUGACCAAAGAACAGGAGACAGAGUUGAAUAUGAAGCUCACGGACACCACUGAGAAACCUCUAUGGAGAAACUUGGUCAACGCUAACGCUAUUAUCCUCCUCACCAUCUGUGUCUUCUUCCAUGGUUUCUUUGGCUAAAAAUCAUCAGUAUCAACUAACUCUGUUAAGGAUAUUAGAGCUGUAUUCUGUGGAAAAGAAAUUGUACCUUAUCAGUAACAACAAGCUAAACAUAAUUAAUCUGAUUGUAAGUAGUUACAAAAGUUCCUCUUGAAACACUCCACACUUCCUUAUAAUAUCCUCCACAAAAACGUCCUUACUGCUGCCUACUGUUUUUGAUUUGAUGGCAGGAAGUAGAAAAAAUAUAUAUUUUUGACUUUCAUUUUAAACCCAAGACUAAAACUUAUAAUCAUUUCCUUGUUUUUCUUCCUUGUAGUCAUGUCAAAUCUUUCUUAGCUGCUACAGUAUCUAAUUUAACACAUGCCUGACUGUUUUUACUGUACAUUUGUUUACCGCACGUUCUUCCUUUAUAACUUUAACAAAUUACAGAGUAAUAGUUUCAAGUAAUAAUAUGAAGUUGGAGCUAGCUUUGUUGUUUGUUCCCUGUAAAGUCUUCUGAUGCAUUAUGAUCAAAUCAAUGCAAAGCCUUUUUCUGUGCUAUUUUUAACAUGCCUCUCAUCUACCAUUU